UCAUCGCGCGAUUCUCAAUGAGCGCGGUUUAAGUUCGUAUUCUCGGCUAGCUGCAUGCUGUGAAAUUGCAGUCGCAUUUGUUUUUAUAAAUAUUUAUUGUUCCGGAAAGGUUCCGUCACCUUCGCCACCUUCGCCAUGUGCCAACUGCAGCUACUCGGUUUCCUGAUCACCAUAUUGCAGAUCGGCUUAUUAAGUGCUCAACGCCUCCCAUACGUAGCCUGUCCUGGUCUUUUUCGCUAUCUAGAGUACCAGAAUGAGUACAUAGGACAUUUGAAACUCGUUCUGGAUAAUACGAACGCGGAAAACGAAGUUCGUAUAGAACUUUCCCAGCCUGGAGAUAGAGCCCCGCCCACCCCAGGAAUGUUUAACUUCUUGGAAGACGAGGACUCACUGUCUUAUCGCUUGAGAAACGAUGAGCCCAUCAACUACCGAAUCGACUUUCCAACGUCGGGUGUAGUGCCCAAACUUACCAAAGUUUCGGUCAAUGGGGAAAUUGUGUGCCAGGCUUCAGAAUUUAGACCGCCUAGCAUUAAGCUAAAACUGUCGCGCAUUCUGCGAACUAGUAUUCCCUUGGCAGCUCUACCGCCACCUCAGCGAUCCGAUCCGCCACAGUGGUCCCGGAAUCCUCCAGGGAACUUUACAGAAGAUACACCUCCUCAGAGAAGCCGUCCACAGCCUCCUCCAAGGAACAUAGGAGUCUAUGACGAACGGGAGCCACCUCAAAGAAGCCGCCCGCAGCAGACUCCGCCUCCUCCUCAAAGGCAGAGACCUCAAGAAGUGCCAGUUAGACCACCAGUGCCCUUGGUUCCGCCCGUACAAUCAUUUCCAUAUCAAACAAUUGGACAACUUAACGGCGUGUGUGGGCGGGAGAAGACCAUCCAGACGCCCUUCAUUCAUGGCGGAAAUGAGGUGGAACGGGGACAGCUGCCCUGGAUGACGGCCCUCUUCGAGCAGGUGGGCAAGGAUUAUAACUUCCUGUGCGGUGCCACCCUGAUCUCGGCCAGAACUGUGAUCUCUGCCGCCCAUUGCUUUCGCUUCGGCAGUCGCAAUUUGCCGGCUGAAAGGACCACAGUUUCGCUGGGUCGUAAUUCCCUGGAUUUGUUUGGACCGGGAUAUACCAGUGGUGUAUCGCUACUUUUGCUCCACGAACAGUAUAAUCCCAGUGUAUAUACCGAUGCCGAUUUGGCUCUGCUGCAGCUGACUGACCGUCCUGUUUUUGAUGACUUCAUCAGACCCAUCUGUUUGUGGAACGAGAACUAUCUGCUGGACUUGCCCUCUGGGUACAAGUCCUAUGUGGCUGGCUGGGGCGAGGACGAGCACGGCAAUCGGAAUACACGGCGGGCGAAGAUGACGGACACGGACAUCAUUACCCAAACGGAGUGCCGGGGAAAUCUGUCUGCGGAGAACGCGCACUUCAUCACCUCGCACACGAUCUGCGCCAGCAAUGCCCUGGCCUCGGGACCCUGCAGCGGGGACUCCGGCGGAGGACUGAUGCUCCAGGAGCAGGACAUCUGGUUGCUGCGCGGCGUCGUCUCCGCCGGACAGCGGAAGACCAACUGGUGCAACCUCACGCUGCCCGUCAUCUACACGGACGUGGCCAAGCACAUGGACUGGCUGCUCAAGAGCAUGUGGUUCUGAGGGAUUGUUGUUGAUUUAGUUGAAUUGAGUGCCAAAAUAAAUGAUAACUUCUUUAGCUUAUAACAAA